UAGAUAUUUGUGGAUUUCUCUUUCUUUUUCUCUCUCUUUUUCUUACAUCGUUUUUUGCUCCUUCUUCCUCUUGUUCAAGUGUAAGGAAAGAAGACAGCGAAGAGAGUUUAUCGUGCGUAUAUAGAAGAAAGUACAAGUGCGACCGUCAGAUAAUUUCGUCUUCUUCUUUUCCUUUUCCUUCGUCCAUGCAUCUCUGGAGCGAUCAGGUGAAAAUUAAACCUCGUAAGACCUGAUCGAUAUCGUAUCGUAUCGUAAGGAAGGAAAGAAAGAAAGAAAGGAAGAAAGAAAGAAGGAAGGAAGGAAGGAAAAAGAGCCGAGCGGAAACUGUUGGAAUUAUCUCUUCUUCUUUAAACGAGGAGAAGAAAAGGAAAAAGAGGAAAGAAGCGAAAGUAAUUAAAAAUAAUGUGCAGCAACGAAAGUCCACCGCCUGCUAAGGAACCAUUGGCCGUUGGAUUGGGUAAUCCAAUGGCUGGGUUCUUACCAGGAUUGGAACAUUAUCGUCUUCAACUUUAUCAUUAUGCCAUGGCCGAGAGGUUGCGUUUGGCUCAACAAUUACAUCCUCAACAUCCUGGAGUCGGUCAUCCACCGUCGGGUUCACCGGGACAUCUUGGAAUGGGCGCCGCGUUUCCCGCACCAUUGCCAUUGUAUCCAGCAGCAGCGGCUGGUUAUCCAAGUCGAUUGGCAUUGUCAAUGGCGUUACUGCAUCCUCAUCAUCAGAGAAUACCGGAGGAACCCAAACCGCAGCAUAGUUACAUCGGUUUAAUAGCUAUGGCUAUAUUGUCGUCGCCGGAAAAAAAAUUGGUCCUUUCGGAUAUCUAUCAGCAUAUACUCGAACACUAUCCCUAUUUUCGUACGCGCGGUCCGGGCUGGAGAAAUUCUAUAAGACACAAUCUCUCGUUGAACGAUUGUUUCGUUAAAUCGGGUAGAAGUGCCAACGGGAAGGGUCAUUAUUGGGCCAUUCAUCCGGCUAAUCUCGAGGAUUUUAGACGCGGUGAUUUUCGUAGACGCAAAGCCCAAAGAAAAGUACGAAGGCAUAUGGGUUUAGCCGUUGACGAGGAACCCGACAGUCCCAGUCCACCACCUUUGCCAGCUACACCACCACCUUCCGCAUCGGCGUUAGUUGGUCCAACCGUCGGUUCUCAACAGAUCACGGGAAUUUGGACGAGUCCUGCGCCACCACCACCUCCGCCACCUCCGCAUUCUCAUCAUCAUCAUCAUCAUCAUCAUCAUCAUCAUCACCAUCAACAACAACAACAACAACAACAACAACAACAACAGCAACAACAACAACAGCAACAGCAACAGCAGCAGCAACAGCAACAACAUACUUUUCAAAAUCGUUCGAUCAGACAAUCGUCGUCUCUUCAACCAUCGAGGAAACGACAGUUCGACGUAGCUUCUCUGUUAGCGCCGGACGAUCAACAUCACAUCGAGUCGGACUUGAGAUCGAACAAAUCCAGAAGGUUCAGUUGCAGCGAGGAAGACGAAUUACAUGAUCUUCACGAACACGAACAGGAACAAGACGAGGACGUUGACGUUGACGUCGACGUUGACGUUGUAGCCGAAAGCAACGCUAUUCCGUCGCCUAACGGGACAACGCCAUCGGCCAGUCCAGAAGCUAAAUUGGUCUCACCGAUCGGACAUUGGAACGAUCGGAGUUUGCAAACUGGACCACAACAGUUACCAUCUCUUCAUCUUCACAAUCACGUACACGUUAGGAAUUAUUACGUACCGGCGAACGCCAGUAACGCUUCUGGUGUCUAAUCGAAUCUCGAAAUAUGUGUUGCGUGCA